CCGACUACAUAACGAGGCAUAAUUAACAGCAAAGGUCAAGGUCAAGCCCACAUCCACCGAAAUACGGGACGCCAAUAGGCCCUAAUGAUAACCAAAUCUGAAGAGAUGUCUAUGGCUGCCCCAGAGAAGGAGGUGGUGGUUGGGCAUUACGAAGAAGCGGAUAGUGAUGAAGGGGCUGUGGAAGAAUCUGUGAACGUUGCAGGUGACACAAAGAAGAAGAAGAAAAAGAAAAAGAAACCCAAGAAGAAGCGUGUCGAACAAAGCGACCCUCCCCGUGUUGGCCUUUCCAAAAUCUUCACGGACGGCGUCUACCCCGAGGGCGAAAUUCAGCCAUACAAGGACGACAAUGCCUGGAGAACCACCUCUGAGGAAAAGAGAUAUCUGGAAAAGAUGGCCGUGGAAGAUCCAGAGGUCACCUAUCAGAACAUUCGCCGAGCUGCAGAAGUCCACCGCCAAGUACGACAAUACGCUCGCAAAUACAUUCGCCCCGGUCAGAGUUUGACCGAAAUUGCUGAAUAUAUUGAGAAUGGUACUCGAGCGCUAGUGGAAGAGAAUGGUUUGGAGUGCGGUGUUGGCUUUCCUACUGGGUUAAGCUUGAAUAAUUGUGCUGCCCACUUUACUCCCAAUGCAGGGGACACAACAAUCCUUCAGAGUGGUGAUAUUCUCAAGGUUGAUUUCGGAGUGCAUGUCAAGGGUCGAAUCCUCGAUUCCGCAUUCACCCUCACAUGGGAACCCACGUAUGAUAGGCUUGUCGAGGCUGUUAAGGCCGCCACAGACACUGGCGUCAGGGAAGCUGGAAUUGACGUUAGGCUCGGCGAACUCGCAGGGUAUAUUCAAGAAACCAUGGAAUCAUAUGAAGUCGAGGUCAAGGGCAAGGUUCUUCGCGUCAAACCGAUAGAGAAUCUUAGCGGCCAUUCCAUUGGCAUGUAUCAAAUACAUGGUGGCAAGUCGGUAUUGCUUGUGAAGAACGAAGAUCCAACAAAAAUGGAGGAGGGCGAUUAUUUCGCCAUUGAAACGUUCGGCUCCACGGGACGUGGCCGUGUCGUAGACAAUGGAGAUUGCUCUCAUUUUGCUAAGAUUAUCAAUGCCCCCAGAGUUCCUAUACGGUUGACGUCCGCGAAGUCGUUGUUGAGGACCAUUUCCACCAAUUUCGGUACACUUCCGUUCUGCCGCAGAUACUUGGACCGAAUCGGUGAAAGCAAAUAUCUGCUCGCGCUCAACCACCUCGUUCAACAAGGCAUAAUACAAGACUAUCCACCCCUUUGUGACGCUAUUGGUUCAAUGACGGCGCAAUUUGAGCACACGAUCCUUCUGCGACCUACAGUGAAGGAAGUCGUCAGUCGUGGGGAUGACUAUUAGGCGUUUCUUCCAAGUUAGAUAUAUUUCUCUACCUUGGAACAGUGAUCUUGGUACCUGUUGCUGAGCAAGCAGUCUUUGUAAAUGCGAGCCCCCGCAGUUUGGCGA